AUGGGUGAAUCAAAGCCAUCUAUUGAGCUUAAUUUGAAGCACCCGGAGCUCUUUCGGGAUAAAGCGUACGUUAAUGGAAAAUGGAUCGAGGCAAAGUCCGGCAACAGAUUCGAUAUCAUCGACCCCGGCACCGACCAGCCCUUCGCCACGUGCCCGGACAUGGCCGCUGCGGACGUCGACGACGCCGUGCAGGCCGCGCAAGCCGCCUUCCAAGUGUACCGGACCUUCACGCCGCGGGCGCGCGCCGACCUCCUGGCCAAGUUCGACGCCCUGAUCCGGGCGCACCAGGACGACCUGGCGACGCUCCUCGUCUACGAGACGGGCAAGCCGCUGGCGGAGGCGUACGGCGAGAUCGAGUACGCCGCCUCGUUCACGCGCUGGUUCACCGGCGAGGCCGAGCGCAUCCAGGGGACGACGUUCCCCGCUGCGCUGCCCGGGCGGAGGAUAUUCACGAUCAAGCAGCCCGUUGGCGUCACGGCCGCGCUGGUGCCGUGGAAUUUCCCCAUCGCCAUGGUGUUGAGGAAAGCCGCGGCCGCGCUAGCAGCAGGCUGCACCAUCGUCGCGAAGCCGUCGCCAGAGACCCCUCUCUCGGCGCUGACCCUGGCGUACCUGGCUGAGAAAGCCGGGUACCCCGCCGGCGUCUUCAAUGUACUGCCGACCACGUUAGCCAACACGCCGGCGCUUAGCGAGGCGCUCUGCAAGCACCCGCUGGUGAAGAAGGUGUCGUUCACCGGAUCUACUCGAGUAGGCAAGAUCCUGUCCGCGCACUGCGCAAGCAGCCUGAAGAAGCUCACCCUCGAGCUGGGCGGCAACUGCCCCUUCCUCGUAUUCGACGAUGCGAACCUGGACCAAGCUUGCGCUGCCCUCAUCCCCCUCAAAUUCCGGCACGCAGGCCAAGCCUGCAUCACGUCCAACCGCGUGUACGUGCAGCGGGGCAUCUACGCCGCCUUCGCGUGGAUGCUAGCCUCCCAGACGCGCAGCAUCCGCGUCGGCCACGGGCUCGACAAGGGCACCACAAUGGGGCCCCUCACCGUGCCGCUAGGCGUCGACAAAGUCGCGAGCCAGGUCGAGGACGCGAGACAGCACGGGGCGACGGUGCUGACGGGGGGGAACCGCGUCACGGGCCUGGGCGGCGGGUACUUCUUCGAGCCGACGAUCAUCGCGGACGCGACGCCGGCGAUGCGGCUGGCGUCCGAGGAGACGUUCGGGCCGGUGCUCGCGCUGUUCCCGUUUGGUACGGAGGAGGAGGCUGUCAGGGCGGCGAAUGACACGAGUAUGGGUCUCGCGUCGUACUGCUUCACCAAGAACGUCGACAGGAUGUGGCGCCUGUUCGAGAACCUCGAGGCGGGCAUGAUUGGGAUGAACAGCGGAAAUUCUUCGGCUGCCGAGUCGCCCUUUGGCGGUAUCAAGGACUCUGGGUUCGGCAAGGAGUCCGGCAAAGAUGUCGCUAUCAACGAGUAUCUGAUUACCAAGACCGGAACCCUGACUCUCGAAGGACAAUACUGA